GAUCAAAAAAUUUGCAAUGUUGAUUUGACAUUCCCCUUAGCGCGUUCAGCGAUAGGGAAAAGUGAAGAACUCAUUCAAUUCUUCACUGAAAAUUUCACCUUGAAGCAGUGCGGUUGAAUGUGUUUUAGUGAGAUAAUUGUUAGGAAAAUGAUAGCUCUGAAUUGCCUGUUUUACAACAAAGAAAAAGUGGCCAAAAUAUGUUUUGAAGUGGAGUAGAUAUAAAAGCGGUUUUUUAGUUUGGCGUGAAAUUUCGUGAGGCAAUUCAACAAGAAAUUAGUGAAUUAUGGGAAAAUCUGAGUAUUUAUCCGACCCAGUGAAAAAGGAGAAAUUGUGUAGUGCUAUCAGUAUGUUGUCAGUGUCUUGCAACGGGGCUAAGCCGGUCCAUUCACCGCAGGCGAGACUCAGUCCACCGGCUAUACCGGAAGAUAUGGAGGUGUUUGGUAAUCAAGUGGCGGGACACUCGUGGUCUCCGAACACUAUAGGAAUGCUUAAACACGAGAACACCAUCCUGAAGCCGAUCAACAACCGAAAAUCGGCUUGCGGAGAGCGAGAGAUACAUUUUUAUGAAACGGUGGCUAAUUCGGAAGACAGAGAUCUGGCUGACCUCAAAGAGUUGAUACCAAAGUACUACGGUACCAGGGAGGUAAUGACUAACGGGGAACCGAUUAAGUGCAUUGUUCUGGAAGAUCUGACGGCCGAUUUUGACGAGCCCUGUAUAAUGGACAUCAAGAUCGGCAGGAGGACCUGGGAUCCUGAAGCUAGUUACGAGAAGAUAGCCAAAGAGGAGUCGAAAUUCACGGAGUGCAAAAGGGAACUAGGCUUCUGUAUUCCCGGAUUUCAGGUGCACAAAAUCAGCAACAACGAACUGGUCAAGUUCAACAAGGACUACGGGAAGAAUCUCAACAAGGAAACCAUAUCAGAAGCACUAAAAAUCUUCUUGAACGGCGAGACGCGGUUCUGCCGGAGCCUGCUGAUGCAAAUUCUGGCACCAUUGUGGCGUAUUCAGAAAUGGGCUAGGACGCAGAGGCGUUUCCAGCUCUACUCCUCGUCCAUACUGAUCGCCUACGACUCCAAAAGACUGAAAGAAUGCCUUAAACAUAAUCUAGAGGAGCCUCUCAAGCCGGCGCUUAAGCUGACCAGGUCGCACAGCCUGUACAGGCCGCUGAGCUUGGCAGUGCUCAACAAUUUCACCGACAAGAUCCCUACAGGAUUCAGCGGCCAGCUGACCAAGGAAGGGCCAAUCUUGACGCCUACCUCGCGCAAAAGGAACUGCUUCGACCUGUUACCGUUCCGUAGAAAGAGCAACAACGUGUGGCAGCAGUCCUUCCACAAUCUCAAAAGAACACAUUCCUUCCAGAACAAUUACGACAAAGACGUCCAAAACCGUAAGAAAUCGUACACGGACAUAUUGGAGGACCUCAGCUGCGAGCACAAGUCCGAGCUUUGGGUAACUGUGAAGAUGAUAGACUUCGCUCACGUCUAUCCCGCCAAAAAUUGUGAUUUGGAUAGAAAUUAUCUGCAGGGUAUCGAGAAUCUAGUUAAAGUAUUAGAGGAAUUUUUAGUUGACAGUGAAUGAGUAUUAAUGGCUGUGUGUGCGUAUUUUUUGAAAUUAUUUUCGCUACUUUCUUUUUUUUUGGAAUGUAAAUUUUUCGUAUUAAAACUUGAUGUUCAAGGAGAUAAAUGUGUUUUUGAGAUUCAA